UCAACGUCAACAAAGUCAAAAAGUGGAACUUUUUGCGUUUCUAAAUGCUUUAGCUGAAAAGUUUGAGAAAUAUUAAUUUUCUGUAAUUUAUAACCAGUUAAAACAUGCUAUUAGUGUCAUGUCUAAUAAUUUCAAUGUAGACGAAGCUGUAAGAUGUAUAAAAGAUAUCGUGGACACCAAUCGAUGUGGAACUUGUGAUCAGGCUGUCGGGGAGCGUGUAAGAUACCCUUGUGGGCAUUCUUCUUGUGAUGAUUGCGCGGCGACAGCAACCCACUGCCUUCUGUGCUUAACACCACCAAACAGUGGAAAUAAGUCGUCAGCGCUUGAUGAUCCUGCGACUACAAGAGCUAAAAAUGCUUCCGAAUUGUUGAAAACGUUCCAAGCAGCCUUUAAAUUGGAUGUUUACAAGAGGCAGAGAAUAUCUGAUCACUUAAAAAUUGAGAAAGAGUUAUUCCCAGAAUGUAUACAAGCUCCCAUCAAGUAUUUUAAUAAAAGAAAGAGCUCAGUUUCGUUAAAGAAUAAGGAGAACAAAAGACCCAGUUUCUUUCCAGGCCAAGAGAUAUCCCUUGUGAAAGAAUUCAAAAUGGAAAAUUCUUUCAACUAUGUAAAAAAAUGGUUAGAUAACAAUGAAAACAAACCGAAACAAAAAACAGUAACAAAAACCAUUGAACGAAGAAAACCUUUUGCAGAUCUUAAUAUUAAUAAACAAAGUUCACCCCAAAAGCGAAUCCUGAAAAGAGCAGAUAAAAUUUUAGACAAGGAUAGAGAAAAUGCUGUAAGUCCUGCUAAAAGAAAGUACCAAUCACAUUUUAAAUCAGCACAAUCUAUUGUUGAAAGCCAAUCAAUAUUGGAUCAGUACUUCAAAGAAGAUAAGUUCAAACAAAAAAAAGAAUAUUUUAAUGAACAUGACAAGAUAGAAAUAAGAAAGAAAUUGGAUAAAGAUGAAAGUGGAAUUGAAAUUGAUGAUGAACCAAUUGUAAUUGAUGAUUCACAAAAUGAAGUUGUUGAUAAAGACAAACUUGCAUGGUUAGCUGUACUAGAAGCUAAUGAGAAAAGUCCAUAUAAUCAAACACAAUCAACUAAAGUUAGCUGUUGUGCUCAAAUAGUAUCUGAUGCUAAAAAAGUUCCAUUUUUCAAAAAGAGUUACCUAACAGAAACUUGUAGUCUUUGUAAAGGUAACAAACAUAGAAAAAAUAAUGUUGCAAAUGAAACUGCUAAUAAAAACCCAAAAGACAUAUCAAUUGCUAUAGAAAAUAGAUGUUUCACAACAACUAUUAAAGUGUCAACUGAGGAAAAAGAACCUAUUUGGGGAAAAACAACAAAAUGCAUACAAACUGAUAUAAGUAGUGUGAAUGAUUUGAAUUAUGAACAUAAAACUCAGGUAGGUAAUGUAGUUUUGAAGCAAGACGAUGAAUUUAACAAGGGUAAAGAGCUGGAAUAUAGCCAAGACGUAUUUACUGGUGAAGCUAAAAAUUCUGAAGAGAACAAAGCUGUGUUGCUAAAGAAAGAAUCUCUGGAAGAGCUAAGAGAACCUUCAGAAGUAGUAAUAGCAGACUCUGAUAGUGACAAUGGUUUGAAUGAGUCGAGCAUCAUUCAAGUCACUGCAGACAUCCAUCAAUCCAGUGAAAACUUAGAGGAAGGCAUCCUUACUGAAUUGUAUGAGAGUGAAGUCCAGAGGAGGCCUAUUCGCAGUGGUCGUGGUCACACACCAACCAGUACCGAUUCUUCAGAUAAAGAAAACUAUGAUCCAAACAGAGCUAAGAGACCAAGAAUGGAUAAGAACUCCAAAAAGAGAAAGAGAUAUGAAAUAUCCGAAUUGAACUUUAUUGGUACAAUGGAUGACUAACAGACUAAUAUGGAAAAAAUCUGAGGCUCUCAAGUUGAGAAUAUCAUCCCCAUUUUGUAUAAUUAUGAUUGAUCGUCCGUUAUUAUAUUUAUCUGAGAUAAAUAAUUGCAUUUCUAAUUUAAGGCAUGUAUAAUGUUAAUAAUAUGUUUUAUAUUUUUUUAAUAAAAAGUCCGUCAUAAA